AUUCUAGUUUGACACCCCUGCUCUAAAAUAAAUGUGAACAUCAAGUAUAAUACAAAAAUUGCCACAUGAUCCUACAUGAACCUUGACAUUUUGACAGGCGUUUGCUUACUUUUGACAUUGUUUGUGUUCUGCUGUCCACUUGAUGGAGAUGUAAUCAGUCCAGGAUGUCAGGGCCUUUCUCCUAAUAACAGAUGUUACACUGACAGGUUUAUCUCUUGCUCAGAUGGAAGAGAAGUGGCUACAGAGAACGCUGCUGCCAGCUGUGUGGCUGUGCAGCGUGCUGGCUGCUCAUCAGGUCAACAGCUGCCCGCAUGCUUGUAGCAAAUGUUUAGGACAAGAAAAUGACCUUUGCAAAGAGUGCAAGCCUGGAUGGGCUCGCUAUAAUUUCACAUGUGUAGACAUCGAUGAGUGUGGCACUGAGCUGGGUUCCUGCUCUCCAAACAGUUACUGCUUCAAUAUAGAAGGCUCCUUUGAGUGCAGAGGCUGUGAUGUGGCCUGUGUUGGCUGUAUGGGUGGUGGAGCAGCUCGCUGCAGAAAAUGUGCUCCUGGGUACAAACUGAUGGGCUCCAAGUGUUUAGAUAUAGACGAAUGUGGUGACAGAGUACUUGCCUGUCAUGGUCUGGACGAGAUCUGUGUCAACACAGAUGGCUCUUUCCGCUGUCAGUGUGCUGAGGGCUUCUUCAGGAAGGACAGUGUUUGUUUGAGGAAGCAGCUGCCCAAUGCUCAAGAGAAAGGCCUCUUUGAGGAUCUCCAAGACGAUGAAGUGGAGGUGCUGCAGCAGAUGUUUUUGGGGGUGUUGCUUUGUGCUUUGGCCACACUGGCAGCCAAAGGAGAUCUGGUCUACACAUCAAUAUUCAUGGGAGCAGCAGCAGCCAUGGCAGGUUACUGGCUCUCAGACAGGGGUGGUAGUGUCUUAAACAACAUCCUAAAAGGGCGCUAAUGCUCCAAAUCGUUAUAAAAAGGACACAUUCAGCCUCAGAUAUGAAAAUAAAUCCAUUUGGUUGAAACAACUGCUAUAUAUUCUGGAAAACAAGCCACAGAAACACUUCAAUGUUCUGAUGAGCCUCAUUAAUCCGAUUAAAAACACCUUUUGUAAACAAGCUUUAAGAAAACAGUUUUUAAUUAUUUCUGGAUUAAUGAUUUCAUUGGUCUAAUGUAAUAUUGUAUGUACUUGAUUUAUAUAAUGUGUUUCAGUUAGAGAAUUUAGUUACUGAAAUAAAUGAAGUUUACAAUAAUAUUGUUUAUUUGAGAUAUACCCCUAUAUUAUUGUACAUAACUAUUUACAUUAAACAUUUUUUAUUUUGUAUUCAAAUCAUCCUGAAGGCAGCAUUCAGCUUCAUGGUGUGUACAUUUUUCAGAGAUACAUUCUUAAAAUAUACAUUAGGUCUUUCACAUCGAUGAGAUACUUUAUGCGUUUUUAAAUACACUCUGUGAUGUGGUGUACUUGUCAUUCACUAACUCACCCAGCACAAUGACGCUUAUGCCAGUGUUUGCAGGGUGACAGUGGUUUGAAGACAUACUGUAGAAAAUGGCUACUGGGCCAGUGAUGUAAAUGCACUAUUCUGUUAUUGCUGUAUUUAUAGAAAUGUAAAUCUUUUUUAACUCCAUGGUUUGUAAAAUAGUCUCUAUGCAGCCAUUGCUUUUGUGGGCAGCAAUGGCUGCAUACAAAAUGAGGCACGCUGAUUUUAAAUCAGAGUAUUAAAUCACCAACAAAGACAGAAAGAAAGUCACCUUUAUUUGAUGGAUAUAAACAAGCUGGCCAACACUCAAUAGUAUUAUUCUGAUACAGCACAGACAAUAGCAAACUGGGGCACUAUGGACAGCCUCCUAUUGUUAAAAAAAGCAAACAAACAAAACAUUACAUAGUAUCCAUGCGUCAUUCGAAACUUGCCCACUUCUUUUCUUUAACGACUGGCUGAUAAAGUUCUCUUUUUUUUAAAUAAAUUAGUCUCUUUUGCAUUGAUAACACUUACACACACUCUGUUAUCUGCACUCACACACGCACGUUGCUCUCUUUUUCUGAAUACAUUUAUACCAGCAACACCCCCACACCUGGAAAAAAAAAAAAAAACAUGCUGCGCUCUCACAAAACUGCACAGGCUGUCUACUAAGGGGACACAGUAAGUGAGACACACAUCACUCUCCAACACAACAUCACACAGUCACAAUGCACAAUGCAGAUGCAAGAAAUGGAUGAGGACUGAUGCUGCACCAGCUCACGUUCACACCAGUGAUCAUUCAGCAUGCUGGACACACAUGGAGUUUUGUUCCUAGGUCUGUUACUGUACAGCUCAAAAUAUUUACCAUUACAAAUAGUACUGUCUCGAACUGGUAUUCUUAAGUAAGCAUAAAUGAUAAAAAAAAAUAAAACUCAACUUAAAUACAAAACUGAAUGAAUAAAAAAGUAAAAACUCGACAUUUGCUUUGUUAAAUAAUAAUAAAAAAAAAUCUGCCAUUGGUCACAGUGAUUUGUUCAAUCAAACAGUUUCAUCAACGAAAUAAUAAAAUAAAGACUAUUGCAGCAAAGAAAGAAAAAAUAUGGUUGGCUUUUUGUAGUUCUUUUAAAGGCCUUAAAAAUGACUGGUGAAUCUACGCAGCUGCUUCUAGGCACGGAUAAAGAAUCGCCUGUUAGUCUUUAGUCUGAGCACAGGAAACAAUCUCCCAAUCUCCGGCUUCUCCUCAGCUUUCAAUGAUUAUAUUUUUAGAUAAUUUUUUUUUUUUUGACACGACAAUAGAGCAAUCACUGCAUAGAGUACAGUAGAUUAUCCAUACACCAUCACCUUCAAUUGGCACGUAAUGUAAAAAUCAGCAUGCAUGGGCACAAUUAAAAUGUUCCAUGUUGUCUAUCGUUUAAAUAAUGUAUGCUAUAUCAUGGUAGGAAAACUCCCUACUUCAAGUAUUCAGUAGAUAAGGACCUGAAAAUGGAGGAUUAGUACCCCCUGAUGGUGAAGUGAGGAUUUAUGCUCCUCUGUCUGUUUGCGCUGUCUCUCUAACAAUAAAAAAGGCCUUUAUAUCAAGAUUUGUAAACAAAAACGAACAAACAACGUCUUGUACAACCUGUUGGUUUUUGUUCAAUGGUGGGAGCUGCUUUAGUGGGAAUGACACAUGUAAAAAAAAA